GUGCCAUUAAUUGGCCUCUGCCAUUGGCACCGUGCUCACUUGUUGCGCGGCCCGGCUUCCCUGUCGCUCGACCCUCUUCUGAAUCAUAAUGUAGGUCCUCCACACUAGUGACCCUCGUUGGUGAUGGCUGGAGGUUUGAUUUGUUCAGUCAAUCCAUAUAUGAUGAUCCCGCGACAGUCAGAUAUCACAACAGUCGCCGAUAAGUCGGCGUGGUUCUUUUCCUAUGUGUGGCCUCUGAUUUUCGGAUUUGUUCAUAUACUGUGGCUGUUCCCACGUCAGCUCAUCCUGCCGUCCUUGGUCAGCCUGCACAUCCAACCUUGCUGACUACAUUCCAACGUCGACUCAAGGAUUUGCGAACUACCCAGUAGCCACACCCCAGAUUUCGUGGACAAAAGAAUCCUAGCUGUUCAGAAAAGAAAAGAGGCAUAUGUUGUCGCCCACAAUGUCACAAAGAGAAGGAAACCGGACAAAGCGGACCAGCGCGACUGGCAUGGAGGAAGCGGUCAUCGAGCCGAGCACUAAAGGGUGCUCCUCGGGAGUUGGACGAAAAGGACAACGUACAGUCCGCGCCUGCGAUUUCUGCCGACUGAAAAAAGCAAAGUGCGAUGGACAAAGGCCUUGCAAGAAGUGUCAGAGUUGCAAAACAUCAUGCACUUACAGCCACCUUCGGAAGAGCUCGAGGCCACAGUCGAUACUAGCGUAAGUGUCCUUGUUGCUGAUGACGUUGUCCCACGAAACUGACCGAGAGCAUAGAUAUGCUGCAACAUUAGCAAGGCAGCAAGCGACGUUGAUUAAAUGCGUCGAGACUCUCCACCGUCGCCUCAGAGUCGAGAAGGGCGGUAGUGCGCCUGCGUCCGAACCGACAGUGAACGACAUAAUCCUUUCUCUAGGAUUGGACCCCAUAGACAAUGUCGAAAUCGAUACCGAAGAUGCCACCAUUCAUUUUAAAUCCCAUUCAUCCCCAUCGGCUUCUGACUCGCCUCCAACCAGCAUCGAAACUCCCCCCAAACCAGCAUCGAAACUCCCCCCAUGCAUGACACUUUAGAGCUACGGGACACUCUUGAGCAAACCCAACCAUCCGCGCUGUUGCCAGAACCAACUUACCAGGAUCCCGUUCAGUUGCCGCACCAAGCAAUGAACAACGGUGGAGGAGGCAACUCGUGGAAAGGGACACCGCAGUACUACGAAAUGCCGCUUGUCGAAGACGACAUGUUCGGCACUUCUUCAUUCACCAGAGACCUGACGCCAGGCCCCAUGAAGCCCUGGGCUGGAACGCCCAUGUUUGACACAUCUUCUUUUCCCUGCACAUAUGACUUGUUCGACAACGGUCUGAACUGGAACACCUGAAUGCGGCGCGCAUUCUGUAAUCAUGCCCAAAUUUGCCUUGACCACACGUGUCUAGAGGCCGUUCCGCCAGAGUCACAUUUGCUUGAGUCCUGAAGGUCGCCAAAAAAAACCCCUACCAGGCUACCUCUCUUGAUAUUGCUUUAGACUCGCACAACGAGUCCCGCUCAUGUCUCGAACAGGGGCCAAGCCCAGAUUCUGGAAGGAGACACCACGGAAAUACCCGCAAAGAGCCAAACCGAGCAUUAUCAAAGUCUGCGGAUUAUAGCACGC